AUGCGCUGUACAGCAGCGCUAUGGAAGGAAUACAAAGCACAACGUCAAAAUAUUCAAUUUGAAUUCGCUAAACAAUUACGAGCAAAUAUGGCCACAUUGGUUGGAAAUGUCGAGCAUGCGGAUGUUUUAUUGGUUGCAGCAGAUGGAAGUAAACUUCCAGCACAUCAAUGUAUUCUACGACAGCGAGCGCCAGGUUUUUUUAAAACGCAUAUUGAGCCAACCAUAAAAGCAUCUUCUCAUGAAGCCAACAAUCGAAUAUUGGAAGUUGCAGUGGGUGAUAUCGAUUUUGCUGGCCUUAAAUUUUUUAUAAGAGCUGUGUAUACAGAAGAUGAGGCAUCACAUCUACCUGAAAAUGGUAUCAUUGAUCAACAGGAUAUGAUUGAUAAGCGAAAUGAUAAAGAUGGUGAGAAAUUGAAUCAUACCUACAAUAUGGAUGAGUCAACCGAAUUUGUGGAUAUGGGUAUGGAAAGUUUGCCACAGAUGGAUAAUGAUGAAGUGGGAACAUCAAUAGUAAAUGCGGCAACUGAAAAUGCCGAUCAAUUACGGCAAAUGACAUCAUUUCAAGAAUUAGCUAUAGCGGAUUCACCAAUGUAUACUUCGUUAUCAUCAUUGGAAUUACCUGGAAGUUACACCGCAUCAUCCACUCGAGAAGAUUCCAGUGAACAUCCAUUGAAAGAAUACACACCCAGUCCAUCAUUUAUCUACAUGAAUACAAAUAAUAAUAGUACAACAACAACUACUAAUGAUAGUACCUCGAUGGAAUGUGUAACAGCUGCUCAAAAGAAGCCUAUGUUUCAGAUGUUUGUUGGCCUAGAAGGUGAUAUCGAUCCAGAAAUGUGGCACAGUGCUCCAGGGCCAGAAGGUAUUCGCGGUCGUGCAAUAAUGGCUAAACGAUUAUCGAUGACAUCAUUAAAUUCAUUGACAUCGAUUGAUCUAACACCUAAUUAUGAGGGUAUGAUACGUCUUUAUUGA